AUGCUAACCUACGACGGCAGUGAACAAGGAUGGGCUGUUUUCAGUAAGGGCUUGCAUGACAUGACUAAAGGCAAAGGUGAUAUUUUGCUCACAGUUUUCGACAACUCAGAAAAAUGGGGACAAAAAGUGGACCACCCUGAUAAAUUUGUGUCUGUAAUGCGUGAGGAGAUUACUGGCGUCCACCCUGAACACCACUGUAACCACGUCAUUCUGCCAGGGAGCGCUGGAUACAUCCCAGAGCGUGUGGUUUGCUCUGAAUGUGGACGUACUAUGGACAAGUAUAUCAUGUACCGCUGCUGCACCGACUAG